UGGGCUUCUGGGCUAUUUGUGUUUUGAGGUUUUAUGAGUCAGUAGUAUCACGGUAGGCUCUAAGCCUUCCGGUAGUCAGUUUUGUCAUUAUGUGGGAUUGUAAAAGGCUCUGGUUACUCUUUAUUGCUUUACUAUAUUUAAAAGAUGUAAGGGCACUUGGAGUGUGGAAUAAAAGGCCUGCACAGGAUUGGUACAGUGUUGCUGCCCAGAUCCCUCUGGCUCAGCCUAAGGAACCUGCCCCCUUACAUGAUGGAGCCCAAACUUCCACAGCCAUGAUGAAUGAAGGAUUCCAGAGCCAGAACAUUGUUUCAUAUGCACAAGCCACAUCUUAUCAGGAUGUUUCAACUGCUGCUCUUCAGAACAGCUAUGGGACUCCAUCAGUGACACUGCAAUCUGGUAACACUGUCUCUUCAUCCAUGCACCAGCAACGACCACCAGUUCCCAGCACUUCCCAAACAAGUCAGUCUUGGAUGCAAAAUGCUAGCUCUUUCAGUGGUUCUCAAAGCCAAACCUCAAAUGGCUAUGGGCUCUCUCAAGGGUUUGCAAGCCAGUAUGUUGAUCAUUCAAGUGCCAUCCCUGCAUUUAUUGUGACCCAGCCAGGCUCUGAUGGUACAAUGUUCAGUGGUUCUGCUUCUAGUACUUCAAGCUCUUCCAGUUCUUCUCAAAGCCCAUCUGCCUAUUGGCAGUCAGCAAGCUCACUUUCUAGUAAAUAUCUUGCUUCACAGGGACAGCAAGGGAUAAAUCAGAUGAGUUCUGCCCCAGGUGUAACUGUGAUCCAGCCAGCCUCUGACAGUGCAGUGUACAAUGAUUCUGCUACUAGUAUGCCGGCCUCCUACACUAGUUCCCAAAGCCCAUCUACCUACUGGCAGUCACCAAGCUCACUUUUUACUCAAUAUCUUGGUUCACAAGGACAGCAAAAUGUACCUGCUUUAACAUUGACCCAGCAGGUUGCUGAGAGUGGAAUGUCAAGUGGCCCCACUACGUCUGGUAUGUCUUCCAUAGCUUAUAGUGGUUUUCAAAGCCCAUCUACUUCUUGGCUCUCAGGAAUUUCCAAGCCUACUAGUAGUACCCCAACACAGCAAGGUAUUAACCAGCAUGGCUCUGUGCCCAGAUUAACUGUGAUCCAGCCAGCCACUGUCCUUGCAUUGUCCAGUGGUUCUACUUCUAGUACUUCAAGCUCAUCCAGUGGUUCUCAAAGCCCGUCUGUCUAUUGGCAGUCACCAAGCUCACUUUUUACUCAAUAUCUUGGUUCACAAGGACAGCAAAAUGUAAACCAGGUGAGCUCUGCCUCAGGUUUAACCACAACCCAACAGGCUGCUCCAAGUAUAGUUUCAAGUGGUUCUACUUCUAGUACUUCAAGCUCUUCCAGUGGUUCUCAAAGCCCAUCUAUCUACUGGCCAUCACAAAGCUCAGGAAUAAAUCAGAUGAGUUCUGCCCCAGGUUUAACUGUGAUCCAGCCAGCCUCUGACAGUGCAGUGUACAAUGAUUCUGCUACUAGUAUGCCAGGUUCCUACACUAGUUCCCAAAGCCCAUCUACCUACUGGCAGUCAGCAAGCUCACCUUUUACUCAAUAUCUUGGAUCACAGGGACAGCAAAGUGUAAAUCAGAUGAGCUCUGUUCCAGGUUUAACUGUGAUUCAACCAGCCUCUCCAAGUGUAGUUUCAAGUGGUUCUACUUCAAGCUCCUACACUGGUUCUCAAAUCCAAGGCUCAACUGGUUAUGGGCUAUCUCAAGGGCUUCCCAGCCAACCUGGUAGACUCCAAAUACAGCAAGGUAUAAACCAGAGAAACUCUGCCCCAGGUUUAACCACAACCCAACAGGCUGCACCAAGUAUAGUUUCAAGUGGUUCUACUUCUAGUACUUCAAGCUCUUCCAGUGGUUCUCAAAGCCCAUCUGUCUAUUGGCAGUCACCAAGCUCUCAAAGCCAAAGCUCAACUGGCCACGGGUUAUCUCAAAGGCUUGCAAGCCGUUAUGGAGGUUUUUGGAUGUGGCCUGACCAAAACCAACUGAGCUCUGCACCUGCUUUAACAUUGACCCAGCAGGUUGCUGAGAGUGGAAUGUCAAGUGGCCCCACUACAUCUGGUAUGUCUUCCAUAGCUUAUAGUGGUUUUCAAAGCCCAUCUACCUCUUGGCUCUCAGGAAUUUCCAAGCCUACUAGUAGUACCCCAACACAGCAAGGUAUAAACCAGCAUGGCUCUGUGCCCAGAUUAACUGUGAUCCAGCCAUCCACUGUCAUUGCACUGUCCAAUGGUUCUACUUCUAGUACAUCAAGCUCCUACAGUUCUCCAAGCUCAACCUCCUCUGGGCAGUCACUAAGCUCACUUGGCUCACCUGGACAGCAGAGUGUAAAUCAGAUGAGCUCUACCCCAGCUUUAACUGUGACCCAACAGUCCAUGCCGAAUGUAGCUUCAAGUGGUUCUGCUUCUAGUACUUCAAGCUCUUCCAGUGGUUCUCAAAGCCCAUCUGCCUAUUGGCAGUCAGUAAGCUCCCUCUCUAGUCAAUAUCUUGGAUCACAGGGACAGCAAAGUGUAAAUCAGCUGACCUCUGCCCCAGGUGUAACUGUGAUCCAGCCAGCUUCUGACAGUGCAGUGUACAAUGAUUCUGCUACUAGUAUGCCAGGUUCCUACACUAGUUCCCAAAGCCCAUCUACCUACUGGCAGUCAUCAAGCUCACUUUUUACUCAAUAUCUUGGAUCACAGGGACAGCAAAGUGUAAAUCAGAUGAGCUCUGUUCCAGGUUCAACUGUGAUUCAACCAGCCUCUCCAAGUGUAGUUUCAAGUGGUUCUACUUCAAGCUCCUACACUGGUUCUCAAAGCCAACCUUCAACUGGCUAUUGGGUGUCCCAAUGGCUUGCCAACCAACAUGGUAAAAUCCAAACGCAGCAAGGUAUAAAUGAGAUGAGCUCUGCCCCAGGUUUAACUGUGACCCAACAGUCCAUGCCGAAUGUAGCUUCAAGUGGUUCUACUUCUAGUACUUCAAGCUCCUACAUGCCUUCUCAAAGCCAAACCUCAUCUGGCUAUGGGUUGUCUCAAUGGCUUGUGAGCCGUAAUGGAAGUUUUGAAAUGUGGCCUGAACAAAACCAACUGCACUCUGCUCCUGCUUCAACAAUGACUCAGCAGGUUGUUGAGAGUGGAAUGUCAAGUGGCUCUACUACCUCUGGUAUUUCUUCCACAGGGUCUCAAAGCCCAUCUACGUCUUGGCUCUCAGGAAUUUUCAAGCCUACUCAUGGUACCCCAACACAGCAAGGCAUAAACCAGCUUGUCUCUGUGCCUGGAUUAACUGGGAUCAAGCCAGCCUCUGUGUCCAAUGGUUCUACUGUCAGUGCUUCAGGCUCCUAUGGUGUUGCUCAUAUCCAAAGCCCAUCGGCUUACUGGCAGUCACCAAGCUCACUGUCAAGUCAGUAUCUUGGCUCCCAGGGACAGCAAAGUGUAAACCAGCUGAGCUCUGCCCCAGGUUUAACUGUGACCCAACAGGCAGCACCAAGUGUAGUUUCAAGUGGUACCAGUACUUCAAGCUCCCCCACUGGAUUUCAGAGCCAAAGUACAUCUGGCUAUUGGUCAUCUCAAGGGCUUUCUAAUCACCAUGAUGGUUUGCAGACAGAAGGCACACAUCAGUUGAAUCAGCAGGCCUCAAGCACAUUGACAUCCAGUGGCCCUAAUGUGAGUACUUCCAGCACCACAACUUCCAAUCUUGGCAUACAAAGCAUGAAUGUUCCGAAACCUCAGGCCUUCAAUCUUUGGAUGGGUCGGUACUCCUGUAAAAGUGGCUCAUCCUCCAAUGCUUCAAUGCUCUCCUGAUUUGUUAAUGCUGUUUCCCUUUAAACCUUGCUUGCACUUGAAAUGCCUUCUGCCCUGCUGAACUCUGGUAAAACCAAGUGUAAUUGUAUUGCUUAAAAGAAAAUGCAUUGUCUAAUAAAGAAUUCUUGCAGUA